AUAGCUGUCACGCCGAGCUCGAAUAGUGACACUGACAAAAAAUAUAAAUAUACGAAAAAAUUAUUCAUAUGUAUACGCUCGCACCAACACUGACCCUUCCAUAACCACAUCGAUCCACAUCGAUGAGUGAUCGUCCUGGCACUGACGUCGACCGGCUUCGGCUCAAGGUGUGUAUUUGGAUCUAUGGAAUUUCUCUGGUGUUCACUUUCCUGACCCUGCUGCUGCUGCUUCUGCCUGCUCUACUGCCCCAUCAUGACUUGGUGCCGAACUGUAGAGCUGCCUACUGCUCUUUCAUUUGCGGCCUGCUCAUCCUGAUCCUUUAUGUCUGCGUGGAUUGGAUGCGCUUCAAGAUCCCGUUCAACUGGAUCGCCUCCUGCGUCACAGCCGCCUGCCUGGCUCUGGGUACAGUCUCAGUUCUACCCGAGCAGACGGUGUUACGUACGUUGCUCUUGACCGUGGAGAUCCUGUUCAUGGUGUCCUUCUUCCUGAUGCUCGCCUACUGGCAGCUGCCGGGCUGCCCGCCUCUCGGCUACUUGCUGCUCGUAUGGUACAUAUAUGCGGUCUGCGCCUGGUUCCUCUGCUCCGUCCUGGUUAGCCUUAUUGAGACAGAGCCUGCCUCCCACUUCCUGGUACACUUUGCCCUUUGGCAGAUGGCCUGUCCCGUAAUCCUGUUCCAGGGCCAAGUAAUCUACGGCUACUACGAUAACUUCCCACCACUUCUGGAUAAGCCGCUCUGUGCGCUGAUGCUCCUCGUAGACUUUCUGGGUUGCUACGCCUUCCUGGACGGCGCUGACCACAUUUCCAACGCCAUCCUUUACUCUGUUAACCCAUCCUCAACCCGAUUCUUCAGUCGAGUCCUAAAGAGCCAAAUGGACAUCUGAAAAGGACAUGGGACUUUCACGUGCACUCGCCAAAAUUUACCAACAAUUGGUCUCCCAAAUAAAAAUGUAACCUUUGAAUUGUAAAAAUACCAAGUAUCGUCAAAAUAUUAAGUGGUUUCUAGGAAUGUUUAUAAAUUUCUAAAGAUUGUUAAAUAUAGGAAAAUUUAAAGCGUUUAAAAUAAUUGUGACAUCA